AUGGCGUCCUCUGGCGAUAACAGCAAAUCCUCCAAUCCGUCCUCUCCCACGUCGGAGCAAGCCCCCGACCUCAGCAUAACCGCCGAUGACAACGUCUACCUCCACGCAGCCGGCUACAACGAGUCGCCUGACCGAGGCCUCAUACACAGCUUCGCGCGCUUCCGCUCCUCGCCGCUCGACUUCUUACGCGAAGUUUCCCUGCAUUUUUCUGGCACAGGAUGGCGGUCUUUCGAUAACCACAUCGGACAGCCAGAGUUCUACUCUGGCUUCAGCGAGGAUAUGAAGGGGCGAGUGCUGAGUAGUCCGAUGCUUCUGGCAAAGGUGCGAGAGCUGGCUGAGAAGAGAGUCGAGGUUGAGGCAAAUGAGGGAUUGCUCGAUGAGCAUGAUAAGAGAGAGAAGAGGAGGGUGCAGAUCGAGGAGUCGCUCAUGCAAGUCAGCGAGGGAUGGACCGAUUCCAUGAUCUGCAAGAUGGAAAGCAAAGGUUUUAUAAGAGGCGCAUAUUACUUUGCCACACAGCUUCUGACAAGAGCUUACCACCAGGGCGUCCACGUAUCGAGCGAAGAAGUCUUGCGCUUGCGCGCUGUAGCUGAGAAAGCCGCCAAAAACAAACAGUCCAUCAUCUUCCUCCCGUGCCACCGCUCGCACGUUGAUUACGUAUCCCUCCAAAUAAUCUGCUACCGACUGGGAAUCUCGCUCCCAACUGUCGUAGCAGGCGAUAAUCUCAACUUUCCCGUCGUCGGUUCUUUUCUCCAGCAUGCCGGCGCCAUGUGGAUACGGAGGAGUUUUGGAGACGAUCAGCUCUACAUUACGCUGGUGCAGGCAUAUAUCGAUACUUUAAUGCAGUGCGGUUACAACCUUGAGUGUUUUGUUGAAGGCGGAAGAAGUCGGACGGGCAAGCUCCUGCCGCCGAAAUUUGGAAUCCUGAGUUACAUGUUGGAUAGCGUGGCGAGCGGGCGGGUGGAAGACGCCAUUAUCUGCCCAGUAUCAACACAAUAUGAUAAAGUUAUCGAGGUUGACUCCUACAUUAGUGAACUCCUAGGCCAACCGAAACCAAAGGAAAAUCUCAUGGACUUUCUUUCCGCCUCCUCAGUUCUCUCCUUGAAACUUGGCCGCGUAGACGUUCGUUUCCAUGAGCCAUGGUCUCUAAAGACGUUCAUCACCCAACAACGCGAACGCUUCAGCAAGCUGCCCCAGCAAAUCAACACACAGGAAGAUCGACUACGCCUCCUCCGAACACUAGGCUACAAAGUCUUGUCCGAUAUCAACGACGUCUCGGUCGUAAUGCCCACUGCCCUCGUCGGCACCGUCCUCCUCACUCUCCGCGGCCGUGGUGUAGGCAAAACCGAACUCAUCCGCCGUGUAGAGUGGCUCAGCGACCGCGUGCGCGCACAAGGUGGACGUGUUGCACAUUUCGGCAAUUUACCUAGCAGCGUAGUUGUCGACCGGGCGCUCGAGGUGCUAGGACCCGGGCUUGUUGGACUCGUCCCAGGCCUCCCAGAAGACACAUUUUACGCCGUCGACCGCUUCCAACUAUCCUUCUACCGAAACAUGACCAUCCAUCUCUUCAUCGAACAAAGCCUUGUCAGCGCAUCACUGUAUACGCACGUGAAGCAGGGCGGUGGACCAGAGUAUCAACGCAUGUCGUACGGCGACCUGCGCGCCCAAGUUCACUUCCUCUCACAGCUCUUCCGUGGCGAGUUUAUCUUCCCAACAGAGGGCCUUGACAGCAACCUCGCAAAAACACUCGCCGGUCUCGAGAAAGACGGCGUCAUCGAAAUCACACGGUCGACCACUGAAGCCGAUGACGAAGUCGUUGAUUACAUCCAGCUCUCCUCUGCCGAGCGCACCCAGGGGCGAGAAAACUACGACUUCUACUGCUUCCUAAUCUGGCCAUUCAUCGAGGCCGCGUGGCUGGGUGCUAUCAGUCUGAUGAUGCUUACGCCACCUCUAUCAUCACAACAAUCAACCACGGAAACACCAUCGGCGCCAGCACCUCCAUCACCAUCCUGGCUCGACCUCAAAAAAGUCCAAGACCGCGCACAACUCCUAGGCAAAACCCUCUACCACCAAGGCGACCUUUCCUACUUCGAAGCCGUAAACAAGGAAACGCUUAAGAACGCUUACACGCGCUUCCAGCAAGAAGGCAUGGUGCUCGUUACCAAAUCCAAGGAUAAGACCCCUGCUACCAUACGCUUGGCGGAUGAGUGGGUGCCGCAGAGGGGCCCCAAAGGUAUCGUGGCCGAUGGCGCGUUGUGGCGGUUUGCAGAAAGGAUUAGUGCGAGUCGGCGCGAGGGCAAGAAUAGGAGGGAUGGCGCGACGGUGCAGACGAGGGUGUUGGGGUUGGUGGAUACAGUGGGUGAGGGCCUUUGGGCGGAUGCCGUUUUUGAUGCUAGUGUGUUGGAUAAGAGUGAGGUUGGGGCUGUGGAGGGUAAGGCAAGGAGUAUGCGCAAGAAGGGGAAUAUGGCGAAGCUUUGA